CGAGUGAAGAGGCAGGUGUGCAGGAACACCAGCAUGGCUGUGGAAAGCUUUCCUGAACUCCUGCAGAAACUGCGGGAAGUGCAUGAACAUGAGUUAGAGGGAUGGCAAGAGAAAGUGCUGGAGCUGACAAAUAAAAAGAAUAUCGAUGCAAAGCGCAUAGAAGAACUUUACAACAGGAACCAGCAGAUGAAAGAACAGCAGCGGAUUCUUACUGAGAACAUCAAACAGCUGGAGAACAGGUUGCGAGCCGGGUUGUGUGACAGGUGUACAGUCACUCAGGAUGUGGCUAAAAAAAGGCAACAGGAGUAUGAAAACUCCCAGCUCCAGAGUCUGCAGCACAUCUCUCUACUGGUGAGUGAGAUGAAUGCACUAAAGAAAGAAAACGACAGACUGAGAGAGGAGCUGAAGGGCUUGAGGGAUCCAUCAAAUCGGCAGAAUGGUCAUUCAGAGGACACAAUCACCCCAGAGGUCAAGGUAUCACCUGACACAGCAGUGGCUGCUGUGACUUUACUGGCCUCAGGGCUGAAGUCCAGCCAGCCUCCACCAGGGGACACCACUGUACCUGCAGCGACUGUCAAACAUGAGACGGACAACAGGCCAACUGACAUCCUGGAAAAAGCUUCUGAACACAAACUUAUGCAAAACUGGGCCAGGGCAUUUUCAUUUGAGUCGAAUAAGCCCAUGUUGCCCAUCUCAAGAUGGGGCACAGACCACUGUGCUGAAAGAAGAUCUUCCAGUGUUGACUCGGUUGAGCACAGACAUUCCCCUUUGUCUCCUUCUCUUCCAUCUCCUCUUAGUCUACUGAAGAACAAUCCUAUUUUUUCUUCUGUUGCCUCUGAGGAACGUAGCAGCCGGCAACAAAUCCACGUCCCCGUCCCCUUCCGGCCACUUCCGAUCAAGACCGGCCGCCUGUCUAUCCCGUGGUCGCUCUCAGAAUCUACUGACUGGGUAACUGUAGCAGCGGGCGGCUCUGGUGUUGGUAGCGGGAUAGCAGUUCACCCAAGCCAGAACCCAAUUCCCAGCUCAAACAUACUGCGUUUCCCUAAACUGGUCCCACCAAGCAGUGGCCACCAGUCUCGCACACAUGACCCAACACCUAGCAGUCUGCGGCCCUGGUCCCGCAGAAACCUGUCAGAGCAUGCAGAGAGUAGAGAAAAGAGAGUGACAGAAGCCGUUACAGUGCCGCCCCAGUGGAAGGUCUCAGCAACGCAGACAGAGAGGAUUUUUGGAGAGAAACUGAGAGAGGAUGAAGAGGAAGCACCGUUAGACCUGUCUGAGUCAGGCCGUUCAAAAAGCAAAGAGAAAACACACUCACAGAGCGAUGUAUCUUCGUCUUCAUCUUCCUCACCACCUGCUACACUUUCAUCGUCAUCUCAAUACCCAUCAAGCCCUCAAAGUGACCAGCAGACAGCAGACAAUAAUACACAGCAGGAGGAAGCACAGGAAACAUGUAAGGAACAGGAAGAGGUAAAGGAAGGUGAAACAUCUCCAGCAGCUGAAAUGUCUGUCAGCUCAGAGAAGAAGAAAGUCCCACCGCUAACCAUUUCCCUGCAACCAGUUGUGGUUAUGGAGACACUUAAAUCAGGAGUACAGUUGUCCGAUCAUGGCAGCAGACCAAUGGAGCAAGAGGAGAAAGAGAACAAUAACCUUGAAACGAGCAGAAAAAGAUUUGGGCAGGAUACUGAUGCUUUUUCCCAGCGCUCACUAAAGGAGAAGAAAAUUCGUCUGAGCAGGGGACCUCAAGGAAACCAUGUAGACUCAGAGCAAGGAUGAAGGCAAUGGAUUCAGCUAUGAUCUAGUUGCUGUGGUUAUGCAGACACCCAUUUUUGCUUUCACCCUUCGCCGCCAGUUUCCAAGUUCGAAUCUCUGGUGUUCACUUUAGCUUUAGUACACCUCUGUCAACAUAAUUCUCAUGUAUCAAACAGAAUACAUAAUGCAGUCCAGACUGGAAUUAAAUAAGAUCUAUUAGUAGCAUGUGCAGCUAUAUCGUUCAUACUGUACAUGGGUAAAUUUGUGCUGGAUGAAUUUGUUACUUCACUGAGUCAAUUUCCCAGCAAUCGUUAGCUGUACAAUAACAGGAAGCCAGCUGUUUUUACUGACAAGGGGGCUUCUUAAUAAACUUAUCAGCUAGAUAUAUUUUUAUUUCCUCGGUUUCACUUUCUUCUUCCUCUUUCCACAAGUUAUUAAUAAGCACAUACUGUAUAACAUGAGUACAUAUAAUUGCUUGCUGUCGUGUGUCGUGAACAUUGUCAUGUCAGUUCUCAGUUUAUGUUCAUUCUCUCUUCCAUGUAAAAGGUGUUGCCAUCUCAUCUAUUUUUGUCUCUGUCUGAGUACUACAGCCUGCUUCUUGUAGAUGUGACAAAAUGAAAAACCCUCGGCUUCCCCUUUUGGUUUUUUUGAGAUGUCAAGCAUAUAUUUUGUAAUAGUGAAUUUUCCACUUGCAGCUGUAAAAGCUGCAAAAGGAGGAAGGGUAAAACUGUGAAGAAAAAAGUAUACUUUUUUUAACUUUCUGUACCAUUGUUUCAAACUAGCUGUAAACCUUUCCUUUGCACUAUUUUUAGAUAGUUAGAGAUAAUUUGGAGAUUAUCUAAUACUAAAGUUACUCUGAUACGUUAGUUCCUCAACUAACGUCUAUCGAAUUAAAUACAAUUAUAGGACCAUUGCAUAAACUGAUGGCUGUGGUUAUACUUUGUGAACUAUCACCUGUAAUGGUUUAGGAUGUGGGAAACACCUGCAUUGUUGCAGGAAGAGGGUAAAUCAUUUUCACCGUGAAGAACUGUACUUUGAGUCAUUGGAACAAUUCAGAAUUUUCACUUGAAUAUGCCGAUCACCACAACACUUAACUUGCUUACUUUUGUAUACUGAACAAAGGUGUAUGAGUUUCAAGUACAAAGGUAGAAAUCUUAAUAAAAACCCUUGCA